GGCGUGUUACUGGGAGAAUGCAGGAAAGGAAAGGCAUUCUGGGCAAAGGGCAGGAAAGGGCUCGCACCUGGACCCAGGCCCUUGCGGCGUGGAGACGCACAAAAAAACCUAAUAGGUUUUGCGGGAUGUUGCAUGUUGUUUUAGUAAUGCAAGGCCGAGGAGUUUCAAGAUUGGUUGAAACUUGCUUGAAUUUUUAAGAUUUGUGUCUCCAAAAACUCAUCUUUUUGACUGAGUGAAUGAGUGAAGCGGAUAGAGCCAGAGAGAAGGUGUGUUGUGGCUGGAAGUCGCGGUGGCGGCGGGGAUGGAGAGAGGGGUUCAGGACAUGGUUUGGCGGUGGUGCUGGGUGUGUCGGGCCGUUAGGCCAGUGCCCGAGGGAGGAAAGGGGUGUCCAGGGUGACUGCCAUGGGUCUGGCAUGAGGAACUGGGAGGUUGGAGAUGCCAUUUGUCACACUGGACAACAGAGGAGGAGCCAGACAAGGUUUGAGAUGCCUGAGGGACAGCUGGGUUCAUCAGGCUGAGCUCCGACAGGGGCUGAGGUACGCACUGGAGAGUCAUGGGUAUCUGGACGGUGUUCUACACUCUCUGUCUUGCGUUCAUCAAGGUGCUUGUAUACUGGAGGGAGGUCUGAGGUCGAGAAGAGUUCCAGUGCCCUUGCUCAGCAUUGCAUGGCUCACAAGAGCCCCCACCUUUGGAUGGGGCUGGCACAGCGGGCCUGGGUUGGAGCACAGGAGUUGCUGUCUCCUGUCUUCUCUGCUCAGAACCUGGGUUUUCUUCCAGAUCCUGUCCAUCAUGGCCCGGCGCCCUCGCAGCAGCAGAGCUUGGCAUUUUGUCCUGAGUGCGGCCCACCGAGACGCGGAUGCCAGGGCUGUGGCUCUGGCAGGGACCACUAACUGGGGCUAUGACUCUGAUGGGCAGCACAGUGACUCCGACUCCGACCCCGAGUCCUCUGCCCUGCCGCCGCCCAUCCCUAGCGCUGUGCCUGUGACCGGGGAGUCCUUCUGUGACUGUGACGGCCAGAGUGAGGCCCCCUUCUGCAGCAGCCUGCACUCGGCGCGCCGCAGCAAGGACAAGGACUGCCGCUGUGGGGAAGAGGACGAGCAUUUUGACUGGGUGUGGGAUGACCUGAAUAAAUCCUCGGCCACCCUGCUGAGCUGCGACAACCGAAAGGUCAACUUCCACAUGGAGUACAGCUGCGGCACGGCAGCCAUCAGGGGCACCAAGGAGCUGGGGGAGGGCCAGCACUUCUGGGAGAUCAAGAUGACCUCGCCGGUCUACGGCACCGAUAUGAUGGUGGGCAUUGGGACGUCAGAUGUGGACCUGGACAAGUACCACCACACGUUCUGCAGUCUGCUCGGGAGAGACGAGGACAGCUGGGGUCUCUCCUACACGGGGCUUCUCCAUCACAAGGGCGACAAGAUGAGCUUCUCCUCGAGGUUCGGCCAGGGCUCCAUCAUCGGCGUGCACCUGGACACCUGGCACGGGACGCUCACCUUCUUUAAGAACAGGAAGUGCAUAGGUGUGGCGGCCACCAAGCUGCAGAACAGGAAGUUCUACCCGAUGGUGUGCUCUACGGCGGCCAAGAGCAGCAUGAAGGUGAUCCGCUCGUGCGCCAGCGUCACCUCCCUGCAGUACCUGUGCUGUUACCGGCUGCGCCAGCUGCGGCCCGACUCCGGGGACACACUAGAGGGGCUGCCCCUGCCACCUGGCCUCAAGCAGCUGCUGCACCACAAGCUGGGCUGGGUCCUGAGCAUGAGCUGCGGCCGCCGCAAGCCACCUGCACCCUCCCCCAAGGCCACGGCCAGUGGCCCCGAGACCCGGCACUGCCAGAGGAAGCGCUGCCGGCGGACCUGA